CAGCUUGUGGAACGCAAUCGCUCGUGGAACGCAGGAAGGAAUCACAGCAGCCGCGUCGCGUUCCCAUGGCAACCGUCGCUCCAGCGAUAACCGCAGACAUGUCUCCCCCUCGGCGCCCGAUCUACACCCCGCGGGAGGUCUCCAGACACAGCACGCUCACCGACCUGUGGGUCUCCUACCUCGGCCGGGUGUACGACCUCAGCCCGCUCGCCCAGCAGCACCGAGGUGACAUUUUGUUGAAGCCAAUAAUUGAGGCGGCUGGGAAGGACAUUAGUCACUGGUUUAAUCCCAAGACUGGAGAUGUAAAGACGUGCAUAGACCCCCAGACCGGAUGCUUGAAAUAUUACACACCUCAGGGCCGUUUCCUCCACGUCCCCUCGUUUCCAUCUUCAGACUGGGAAACAAGCUUUGGGCGUCCCUGGUGGAAGGAUCCUUCCUACGAAAUUGGUAUCCUAUCUUCUAAAACUAGGUUCAUCCGUGUAAUCAAUACACUGACAUCUCAGGAGCACAAGCUGGAGGUAUGUUCAGAAGAGAACAUGUGGGAGAUCCUGCACCGAUAUCUGCCCUAUAACGCCCACGCUGCAAGUUACACCUGGAAGUUUUGUGGAGUUCCCUUAGACAUGGAUAAAUCUCUGCAGGAAAAUGGAGUGCAGGAUGAAGAUGAUGAGUUCGACCAGCUCAAAAUCGAUACUGACCUCUUUACACCCAGCAUACAUUUAUACUUUAAUGAUGAUCUGACUGAAUUUUAGAUGAGAGGAAGAUAGGUGGGGGAAAGGGCCAAAAUAAAAAAAGCCAAAACCUUUACCCUUGCCAUGCUUAAUGCUGCAAUUAUAUAUAGUGCCAAUAGCACGUAGCGUCUUCAGGUUUUAUAAUAGGGGUCGUCUAUACUAGGUGCAGGAAUUGUUUAUAAUUAAUAUUAUACAUAAGCAGGUUACAUGCUAUACGUGACAGUUCCGUAAUGUUUAUUGAAGUCUAGAUUGUGCCAAUUUUUAUGUGUAUUUUAAUAUGUGUAUAUAAAUAUCAUAUAGACAGCCAGCGCACCCCAUAAUAUGAAUGGUCUCGAUAUUAUCACUACUCAAAAGAAAAGGUAUGAAACUAUGCCAAAAUAAACUCUUUUACAAACUCAUAACCUAA